UGUAUAGGGUUCAGUAUGCAUUGAUAUCAGGGGUUGUUUGCAGAAGGCAUAAAUGCACGUAGUUUCUUUAUCACCUCCAUGAUCAUAUUAAUCUGCAAGCUGUGUUGACAUGAUACCGAAAAGGUGGACGUUUGUUCCAAUUUGUGACGACUAACUUCACAUUUAAAAGGUUCACUUCCUUGUUGCCGUGAAUUGAGGAUGACCCUGUUUUCCUGAUCCAUUAAAUUGUUCUACUGAAGUGCUGACUGUCAGUUGGAUGUUGAUGGUGGACACAGUUACCAUUAUUAUAGGUUAUUUCAAGUGAGCAUGGCGUAGACUAGGCGCCACUAUCUACAUAUUCUCUCAGGCCUAUUGCAUCAUGGCGGAUUUAUUCAAUAUCACCGGCUUAUUUUCCCAAGGGGAAAUGAAUGUGACACCGAUACCAGAUGGAGGAGGUGGUACCGUGUGUGAGAAUACAGCAUAUGAUAUGAAAUACUGGAUUCAGCUUAGUGUUAUACCAUCUAUCAUAAUUAUCAUCGUGUUUUCGUUUCUACAACCAAGAGUUCGUCUUUGGCCGAAAUGUUGCGCUCAAAGACCGAGUAUUCCAGAACCUUCUAACUUUAUCGAUGCGUAUGAGGAUCGAUUAUCCUACGCAUGCGCAUUUGCUGCCAUGUCAACGUGUGUGGUUCUUUUAUUCACUGGUGAUUGGUUCUUUAAUCCAGAUAUAAGUCACAUUCCUGGAGUCUUCCAAGGAACUGUUUUAAUAUUCAUAGCGAUUGUCAACGUGUUUGAAAUCAGCGUGGUUUACUAUCCAAUCCUUCUGUGUUUGAGUACUGAACAUAAAUUAACUGGCAAUGUUAUUGGUCUAAUCUACUCUACUGUCUGGAGUUUCUAUUACGUAGCUGUUCUUUUAGCUUGUCCCAAAGAGGAAGGGAUUGUAGGUAAGAUAGUAACGGCAGUGUUGGGUCCAGUGUUCAUAUGCUACAUAGGACUGGAAAUCCGAUUCGGCUAUGGAAUAUACACAGAUUUUAGAAGAUUAGUAUUCCAGGAAACGGAUUCGACGAUGGAUAAAACCGCAGUAGACAGCGAUAUCGACGAGGAAUUUAAGAAGACUCAUUUCUACGAGCGAGUUCAGUACCUUCUAAGAAAACCCACACCAGAGGUAGGGGAGCCAAGCCUCACAGUCAAAUGGAGAAGAAAGUUGAUAGAUGACGCACCAGGCUUCAAGUUUUCAAGAAGAAUUGUUUGCACCUUUGUCCUGAGCUCUCUAACCACAUACCAGCUUGGUUUGGUUUACAUCAUGUCCUUAUCCAGCGUCUGGGAAUCUGCCAAUGCAUCUCUAGCUAUUAAUGGAUCUGUUUAUAAUAUAUUUGAGAGAUCAAAUGAAACAGCGACUUUCUACGAACUCAAGGACUUCUUCGAUAUCGCUGAAAGUACUUUCUGGGGGACCUGUUAUUUCGCCAUCGUAACAACUGUACUUUAUUCCUUCCAUAUGCAAAUUUGCUACAGGAAACAUACUCUUCGUCUUUGGAAAGGAAACAAAAACUUCUGCCCCAGGGAAGAUUUCAGUUUCGACUCGUUGGUGGUUGCUAAUUUACGAUAUUCUGGAUAUCAUAUCGGAUUCUCGGCCUGGGGUUUCUUCAUUCUUCAGAUUGUUUCUUGGGCACUUGUGUUUUUCGUGACGUAUGGAAUCAUUUACCCUUUAAGUAAACGUAUGGAGACUGCGCUUCUCAAUCUACUCAAUGACUAUUGGUUGAGCUUUGUGGUUGGUCUCAUUUUGUACUACGCCCAAGUAUUUCUGUCUCGAUUAGCUUUUCUUCAAGCUGACAAAGAAGAUAAAAAGAAGAAGAAAAAGAAGACAAUACAUUUGAGUCUGAACAAUAGGCGAGCCUUCAACGUCACUGUUUACAUCACGCUGUUCAUGAACGUCCUUCUUGGUCUGAUAUCCUGUCUUAUGAGGAUUCUGAAGGCAGUAGUGUUCGGCGUUUUGUUCAUUGGUCGGAUCGAUCGGUGCACCUUAAUGCGUGGAUGGGAACUUUGGGAUCCAGGUUUUAAAGCCUAUAUUGGGUUUAUUCAACUGGAGGUGGCCCAUACCCAUCCUGUGGUGGUCACGUUUUGUCAUUUAUUAUGGAAGUCCAUUGGCAAGAACAAGUUCACAUCAGCACAACUCACAAGUUACAAGACAUUUGACAUCGUAGAAGAAGGUCAGAAAACAUCAUCUCCAACCAAAAGCACAUCUGAAGUGAAGUCGCGUCGAGCCCGCAACCGUUGGUUUGUUGCCAUCACACUAAUGAGAAACAGAGCACUGACUAUCAAUCGGGUGCCUAUUCUUCCUGAGCUUCAACAAGUGCAAGAGGAGUCAAGAGAUAAGACUGAUCAUGGUUUGGUUAAGUAUGCUUGGCUGAACAAAACGUCUCCUCCAAUGUAUAAAUCCGAUCGUGAUCAUUUGAUGACAAAUCAAGAAGCAGAAAAAGUGCCCUCUAGCGUUCCGAUCGAGACGUUCGUCCAUAUCAAACCCCCAGCCAAGAAAACGGUACCUAAGGAAACGGACUCGUCUGACGUCACAUCUCCGAGAAACUCGCCCCUUUCUCCGAAUGAGAAUGACCCUCUUCUGGUAGGAGCAUCUGGCAGGGAUGGUGAUAAGCAAUCCGCCAGAAGGACUGAUAUUAACUCUGGUGGUGUCGUCUUGAAACUUGAAAAUAAUAGCACAGAAACAGAUAUAUAAUAAUUGGUGUUGCUUUUAAUUUUAUGACAGUUGGCUAAUGAGCUGUUGAGGAAAGUCUAUUUUUGAGUAUUAGUGGUAGAUCUGAAAAUACGGUGGUUGUUAACUCAAUGUUUCGAUCAGUAUGCUCUGACUGUCAACCACUGGUUCUUCUAGAACCAAAACUACUCCAAAGAGAUUACACAUCGCCUAAUGAUACUCCCACAAUGCAAAAAAAUUCAAAUUCUACUUCAUGUUUAGGGGCCUACUAAUUUUGUUAUUGUUUUUUUUUUUUUUUUAAAUCAGCUAUGGGUGUGAAUUAAAAAACAAAGUGUAACCGAACAUCUCAAUCAACAUGAUACUUUAAAAUUAAAUUAAGACAUUUUGACAAAAAAUGAUUUCCCUAUUUCGGACAUGUAUACAAUAGUAUUGCAUCAUGAUGACUCCGAGUUACACGCGUCUCUUCUCAUCGUAAUAUGGGAUUCGCCGAACUCUUUAUUUAGUAGCCAUUUAGAAAAGGUUGGACAUUCAUCCAAGCAAGUUGAUUAUGCUAGGGAUUCUGAGGUGCUUUGCAGAAUAAUGUGUUAUUUUGUUUAAAUUUCGCUGAAUACUAUAACGCUUUACAAGAAACUACAAUUCUUCCAUCAAAUAAGUUGUUUAGGUCUACUUUAGUUUCUUCUAUCGUCGCACAAAUAAACAAAUAAAAUGUUUAGGUCUACUUUAGUUUCUUCUAUCGUCGCACAAAUAAACAAAUCAGUUGUUUAGGCCUACUUUAGUUUCUUCUAUCGUCGCACAAAUAAACAUUAAGAAACCGAGGCUUUCAGGUGGUUCAAAAAAAGUGAAUUAAUGACAAACUAAUGUUUACAACGUCCUGCUUGUUUAUUUGUUUAUGUAUUGUUUCAUUUAUACAGAGUAUAUCAUGAUUGAUCAUGACUAAAAACUCUUUACAAAUUUACUCAGUUGUUAAAUUUUAAAAGAACUACAUGUCUCAAAGUCUUCAGGAUAACUUCAUCAGGGUCACAAAAAGUUUAUUUUAUGUUAUUAAGCGCUUUGUUUUUACAACAUUCUUAUGGAUAUGAAUUAUUAUUUUGCAAGAAGAAAACCAUCAGCCAAUAGAAAAGACGCGCAACCAUUGUAUUCCACUCAGUGAGCAUUAUUCUUCCUGCUUACUAUUAUUUUUCCAUUUUCAUUUUGUUUAGCAUGGAUAUUUUAUCCCGUUUAUAAGAUUGUGCAUUAAUGUGUGUGUAUUGGUCCGACACGGUAUAUGAAUUUUAUAAAUAAAACUUAAUGUGUAAGCUUGA